AUGGCUGCUACCGCGACUUUCAAUGAGAAAGUGGUGUCCGUGACAUUUUCAGACAGAUUCAAGUCACAUUACAACCAUAUUUGGCUCAGAGAUAAUUGCCAUUGCAAACAAUGUUAUCAUGAUGUCACAAAACAAAGACUACUUGACACAUUUAAGAUCCCAACAGACAUUCAACCAUCGUCUGUUGAAGUAGAUCAUGUCUCCUCAUUUCUUAAAGUGGUUUGGAAUAAUGAUGAACACUUAUCUACUUUUAGUUUAAGUUGGCUUAAGGCAAAUGCUUAUAAUCCUUUGCCGCCAGGUAAUGAAGAUGAAGAUGAUGAUGUGGAUUAUGGUUCUUAUUCGCCUUGGAAUAAGAAGGGACUCAGAUAUUUCACACCAGAGGUUGAAUACGAUGAUGUAAUUUCUACAACUGAUGGGGUUAAAGAUUGGGUGAACAAGACAAGUGCGUAUGGUUUUUGCUUUGUGCAGAACGUUCCAGUUGAUCCAAUAAAGACCAAAGAGUUGAUUGAAAGAAUCACAUUCAUCAAACCGACACAUUACGGGGGAUUUUGGGACUUCACUGCCGAUAUGUCAAAAAACGACACUGCCUAUUCCAACAUUGAGAUUCCGUUACAUACUGAUGGGACGUAUUGGUCAGAAGCUCCGGGGUAUCAGUCUUUCCAUUUAUUGAAGCACAAUGGAACUGGAGGAACGACUUCCUUAUCUGACGGAUUCAAUGUCGCUUAUACUUUAAAACUUUUAAAUCCCAAAUACUUUGAGCUCUUAUCAACUGUGCCUGUCGAUUUCCAUUGCGCCGGAGAAGAAGAUGUGUUUAUUCAACCUGUUGUCUCCAGGCCAAUCAUUAUCGUGGAUGAGCAAAAUAAGGAUAAAGUUGUGCAAAUCCGUUGGAACAAUUCUGAUAGAUCGGUAUUGAAAAUUCCAAAAAGUUUCUACCAAAUGAACUCUACAGCCAUGAAUGUUGAUUUUGUGGAGACCUUCUAUAAAGCGAUUUCUGCAUUCAGAGAGUUGUUGCAUGAUGACGAACAAGAGAUGUUUUACCAAUUGAGGCCUGGACAGCUUUUAUUAUUUGAUAAUUGGAGAGUAUUACAUUCAAGAACUAGUUUUACUGGUGAGAGAAGAAUGUGUGGGGCGUAUUACUCUAAGGAUGAUUUCAUAAGCAGAUAUAAGACUUUGAAUAACAAAAGAGAAGACUUAGUUGCUGAGCUAUAA